CCAGCGAAUAUUACACUACCUACAUCUGUGCUCGUAACGAAACCGAAACGAAGGUUUGUUUGCUGAUUUCAUUCCCGUGAUUUUGAUAAUUAUGAAGUCAUCAGAAUUGCCCAGUAUUGUAUAUUUAAAAGCAUUUCGCCGUUCAGUUAUUGUCGUUAGUAGCUCUGUGUCAUUUAGUCUGUUAAAAGUUGAUCAUAGCCGACGUUGAGAUAAUAUACAACGACCAUGUCUGACCAGCUGUCAAACAUAUUCAAUGUCUUUGUGACGGGAAUAGAAGGGAAAACCAGAACUUUACAAAUACACAAGGACGCCUCUAUAGACGAACUGAUGAACAAGAUAUCGAAGAUCAAUGGGAUUCCCGUAAAAGACCAGCGUAUUCUGUACACGAGGUUCCAGUUGGAAUAUGGCUGUGACAAGUAUUUGUCAGACUACAAGAUGCAAAACAAUUCUACAGUCUAUGUAGUGUUACGACUUUUGGGAGGGUCAGACAUUGAAGGCUCAACUUGGACUAAGAAACUGGACGAGGAUGUUACCCUUACGGACGCGCCUGACAUGAUCACCUGGGAUGAUGAUCCAAACAGCCAACGGGCAAAGAUGCCGUGUGGCCAUGCCAUUGGGCCAGAAUCCUUAACUGCAUAUUGUCGAAGUCUGCUGGAUGUCGGGAAGUUCGAGUUCAUCUGUCCGUAUAUAGGCAAUGAUGGAUACUGCGGCAAAGAGUGGCCAUACUUUAUUGUCCGUCGUCUUGCAGUUUUAACAGAAAGAGAAACCAUCACGUUCGAAACGAAAAUAUGUGAAAACUAUAUGCGUAAAGCAUGUGGUAUUCAGGACUGUCCCAAAUGUCACUCCCUUUGCGAAAGGGUUAAGAGCACAGAUCGCCGUAUCGUGUGUUCGCUGUGCUCGAAAAAUGGGCCUCGGUAUGAAUUCUGUUGGUCUUGCCUUCAUCCUUGGACCGGACGUGCAAUGAACGACUGCGGAAACAUUGAAUGCACGGGAGAAGACCCACGGUUAAAGAUUCUUCGUGAUGCGCCCAAGAAAUGUAUCAUUGGCGUUGCCAAUUGCCCGUCACGACGAGCGUGCCCUUCUUGCGGAAUGGUCAUAGAACACAUCAGAGCCUGCAAACACAUGAAGUGUCCCUGUGGCCAGAGGUUCUGCUUCAUCUGUCUGAAGAAGGCUGUUGAUGGUGGCUAUCCGUGCGGGUCUUACAACACCCCGUGUUCUGUCGCUGCAGUCCAAGAGGCUAUUCCUGGUUGUUGACAUUGAGGGUCGAUUCCUGGCUUAUUCUUAUCAGCUUCGAGUAUUUAGACUUGCGCGUGUUCCUUAUAAUAACGAUUACCCUUUGGAAUGGUAAUACUAGAAAUCCAAUUGAAGAGUUUUCUUUCAGUGACAGACAAAUGAACAGUGUAACAGUAAUCUACUGAAAUACUAGCAUAUAUGUGUUUCAAAUUUGGACUGUAAAAGAUUGUAUGGCCUAAUCAUCAGCUACAGUAUCUAAUCAAUGUAUUUGUAGAACUUUGAUCGCUUUCAACAUACAAACGUUUCAUUUUAAUAAAGGCACUAAAUAUAACGGUAUAUCAUUAUUAUAUGGUUAUUUGCGUGAAUACAGGUCUUGUUUAACUGUUGUUAUUUUUGUGCAGCUUUUAACUUGAACAGAUUUUCUUUUUGAAGUGAAUGUAUUUUUGUGGGUUCAGUUUUCUUCUUUUUUUUUCUCUUUUUUUUAAUUUAAUUAAUUAUUUAUUAUAUACAUGUAUGUAUGUGUAUAUAUAUAUUUAGAGAAUAACUAACGAGCUACGAGGAAUUACGGA